CCGGCUGGCUUCCAUAGCCAAUGCGCUGCGCGCGCCGCGGUUAUGCCACAGCGCCACACGCAAACGAAGCAGACGCCGGCCGGUCGUGCGCAUAAAAACUAUUAAAUUCGAAAUUCAAAUUUGCCAAACGCUCCCGAAUUCUUGAACAGUGUUUAACAGAAACAUCACAUACUAACAGUUUGUGAAUACGUGUUUAAACUAUAUUUGUGAAAAUCUAUGCUACUCUAGUGAUUCUGUUCCUAGUUCUCUAGUGUUCUGGGUCACGGAAUAUUGAUGAAUUAGUGAAGCAUUGUACUAGCCCUUGACCCCGCUGCCAAGAUGGAAGAGAAGAAAGAAAUUAAUCUAGACUCGGUGCUGGAGAGCCUAGGUCCGUACGGACGCUACAAUAUACUCAAUUUCGUGUUGCUGCUUUUCCCGAUUUUGCUAAGCGCUUUCUUCGAGUGUGGAUUUAUUUUUGAGGCGCAGCAGCAGAAUUAUAGAUGCGAAAUACCAGGCUGCGAAGGGCUAUACAACGACACCUCAUGGCUCGAAUACUCGUUCGCAAUCCCGACCACACCAGACACGAAACACUUGGAGUCCUGCUUUAGAUACGCGCCGAGCGGCUCGGGGUGCACGGCAGAUCAGUUCAACACCAGCAAGGUCGUGCCGUGCGAGAGAUACGUGUAUGAGAUUGAUCAAAGCUUUAUGCAAGAGUUCGACUUCGCCUGCCAAGAGUGGAAGCGCGCUCUAGUGGGCACCGUACACAACUGCGGCAUGUUCGCUGCCAUGCUUUUCACCGGGGCCAUCUCGGACCGCUUUGGCCGAAAGAUUGCCGUCGGAAUCGCGGCGACCGCUUCGCUGGUCUUCGGGAUCCUCCGAGGAUUCGCACCAGAUUACACUACUUAUCUUGUUAUGCAUUUCUUCGAGGCCGGCUUUGGGGGUGGGCUUUACCCGUCGGCGUAUGUUUUGAUUGUAGAGCUGGUCGGCCUCAAGCAACGCGUCAUAGUAUCAGCCAUGUGCAACAUGGCCUUCGUGAUCGGCGUAGUCAUUCUCUCCGGCAUAGCCUGGUUCGUCAACAACUGGAGAACUUACAUCUUCAUACUCUACUCUCCUGCCCUCCUGGUCACAUUAUACGUCUGGUUCAUGAAUGAAAGCGCACGCUGGCUACUAAGCAAAGGAAGAAAAGACGAAGCGAUCAAAAUAUUGAUGUCCGCUGCCAAAAUCAAUAGACUAGACCCUAGACAACUUGAAUUAGACAAUCUCGGAGAUCCGCUUUUGAAAGCAGAGAAUCAAACUGAUGAUAAGAAAUCUCAAUUGUCCAAAGCGAUUCGCUCUUCUAUAAUAUGGAAGCGUCUAUUGAUCUGCAUGUUUCUGUGGAUGACUUGUUCUUUUGUGUACUAUGGAAUGACGAUAAACUCUGUGUCGUUGAGUGACAAUAAGUAUUUAAGCUUUAUGCUGGUGACUCUGGUGGAGAUACCGGCGUACGUGGUGGUGGCGUUAGUGCUGGACAGGUACGGGAGGAAGAAGACAUUGGUAGUGACGUACACGACAUGUGCCGCUACGAGCAUGCUGUUUGCUUUCUUGCCAAAGGCGGCCUGGUGGUCUACUGCGCUGUACCUCGUCGGCAAAUGGAGCGUGACCCUUGCCUACAGCUCCGUGUAUAUCUACGUGUCUGAGGUCUUCCCGACGAACAUGAGACAGACGUUGAUCAGCAUCUGUUCGACUGCUGGUAAGAUCGGGUCUUUGGUCGCGCCGAUGACGCCACUAUUGACCUUCUACCACAAGUCCAUGCCAACGGUCCUGUUCGGCGGCAUGUGCAUCGUCUCAGGGCUGCUGGUGCUGAUACUGCCCGAGACGAGGAACACGCGGCUCCCGGACACGAUCGAGGAAGCAGAAGCAUUAUCCAAAAAACGGAACAAAGUUGACGAAUCUUAACAUAGGAAGCUGACUUAAAUGAGUGUUGAUAUGUUUGGUAAUUGUCAUACAGAUUUCUACAAAUUGUUAAGGAUAAGUAUCGUUGAUCUAAAAUUUUCAAUAUCCACCCGAACUGAUAGCUGACUAAGACGCUAAAAUAUUAAAUUUAUUUUCAAAUCGCUAUCUAGGCUAGGCUCUAGAGUCUAGACAAUAAGCCAGCCAUCAAACCAUUCUAAGAAAGCUUUUAUUUUAUACCCUAAGUAUACUUUGAUAUUACAUUCGGCAGCUAAGUUCAACAUGCAAUUUUAUAUUUAGUAUCCUUUCAUUUGAAUCCAAAAUUAAAUUUGCUUUGUGUGGAAUCGUUCGGCAGUAUUUUACUGCUUUUGGCAGAUAGCCCAUUCUCUAAUGCUGUUAGUGUUUUCUAUGUCUGAUUACAGAAUAGAAUACAAAUUACCUUA